CACGCACAGCUAAACGAUGUGUAGAGAAAAAGGGAGACGUACCACCGUUUGUUGUGCUGUAGCUGUUAUUCUGGUGUGCUAUUUAGUGCAAGCAAUAGACUGUUACCGACUAACGAAAACAGAGAGGCGAGGAGGGCGCAAAGAGGCCAAUGCGUUAGGUGCUCGAAAGGGGAAAGUCGUAUUCGGAAAAUCUGACGGGAAAGGCUCAGGCCUUGAGUCAGAAGGCAAAUAUGGGAAAGCCUCUGCAAACUCAUCCGUGGAGGAAUCUUAUCAAGCAGAUUUUAUAGGCUGGUCAAAAGGCCAAACGUAUGAUGCCAGUUCCAGAGAAGCAGCAUGGAGGCGCAUGGCACCUUUGCUGCUGUGCGGUGGGGAUCGGAUGAGGUUCAGGGUAGUGGGAAGAGGAGUCUCACAGCUAGCAGUGGACCAAGCAAAUGCACCACCAGUACCUCUGAGCCAGGUCCCUCCCAACUGUGGCUACAACAUGCAGAGGAACUUACUGUCACUUGUUAUGAUGGUUCCCUAUGAUGGCUGCAGUGUGGUUCAAGAGGGUGGCAGUUAUGUGCUUCCAAUGCGGUGGCAGGGUAUUCCAGUCUCCCUUUGGUGUUCCAAACCUGCAGCACCAACUCUUAUGACGACUGCAUCUCAAACCCCUCAGGACCCCGCAUCAAACUCCCAGAUGCCCUACACUAGCAAAAAUCCAGAUCAAUUGUAUGCCCAUGUUCCUCAACCCUUUUUCUUUCCACAACAAAUGCACUAUCCAUAUCCUUCAGUUGCCGUAUCGGAUCCUGCAGCAACCAUAAAGCAGCCAGAAAUGCCCCCAUUCCAGCAAUACCCUCCACCCUUUUCUCCCCUCUAUCCUUACUUUUAUCCCCCACUUCCAGCCACAACAGCAGCCCCAACCACCACUGCAAAGCCAGAAACCUUCAUUCCUCCAGAGUUUCUCUUACCUGGUUACAAACCAGUCGGUCCACCUUUUCUUUGGCCCUUUCCAUUACCUGUGCCAGCAGAUACUCAAACCACAACUAACGCUGACUCUUAUCCCCAGUCACUGCAGCUUCCACCCAAUGUGCAUUUCCUCUCCCAGUAUCCUCUCUUCCCUCAGUUUGUCCCUCUUCCACAAUAUCCGAACAACCCUAAUGCAGAUUUGGCAGCUGCUACUGGAAGCUCGGACACCGUACUCCCUCAAUAUGUUGUGCCUUUCCCUCAAUUUGUUCCUCAAUAUCCAAGCAAUCCUAAUCCAGACUUGGAAAGCGGAAGCACAGACACUCUGCUGCCUCAAGCUCAGUCACACAAUUUUCCACACUUCCAUCAACAAGUUCAGUUAAUGCCCAAUCCCUCCCUUUCGUCAUAGUUUGAAGAAAAUAUAAUAAAGGCUUUAAAUAACACCAGUUCUUGGUUUGAGAUUCUUUGUUCAACGGCUCAACUCAAUCAGCACCACAGAUUCAAACUCAAGGAUCAUAAAUGUUAUGAGCAUUUAGUGCUAAGGUGAUUGGAAUUAAUAAGCAGACUUGAUGAUAUUUGGAUGUUGGGGGGCUCAAAUUUAAAUGAUUAAUGUCCCCGUUGUCUGCAACCACCCACCAAACAAAGGGGGGUGGGGUGGAUAUGUAAUGUUGGAAAGUCACUAUUUUGUUGCACUAUGCUGGGCUUAUGUGGCCUGAACUGUGACGCUUGCUUUUCACUGAUAAAAAGCAAUGUUCUGUCAUGCUGUUCCAACUUAGUCAAAGCAGCAAAUGGAGUAUCUUUACAGGACUUAGUCAUGUACAGUUGUACACAAUGUCCUUUACCUGGCAUGCUGGGUCCUUCAAGAGAUCUUUUACUCAAAUGGCACCAGGAAAAAACAAAACUUCUAGCAUUAUCACUUUGCAAAUGCAGAUUCAUCACUUUCAUCCACUUUCAGUCUGAUUGCUUCCGUAUAUCAUUAUAUAUUUUUGCUUUGUGUUACAGGUUGUUCAGCUCAUUGCUCGUCUCGCGCUCUAUCUAUCUCUAUAUCUAUAGAGAUCUAUAUUUUAAACGAAUACACGUAACAUAUAAUGUAAUUGCAAGGAGGUAUUUCUGCAGUCUUUUAAUUACUAGAUAGUGGAAAGGGGGUGGGAUU